UUCAUCGUCUAAUUCCCUCGUUUUCUUCCUUUCUCUCUCUUCCCGCUUUUUUAAUCUUUCAACUCUUCACGAAUCAGAUCUUGUUCAUCCUCUCCGUUUGAUUCAACUACUGUUUGAUGAAUCACUUUUUGAAUCCUUUCCUUCUCUAGAACCUCCGUUCUUUAUCAAACAGUUUCACCGAGGGUUCCGAUCGAGCGCAGCGUCAUUUUCACGAAUUGAAACUUUCAAAUGGCAACUCCUAAACCUUUGGAUCAGUUACCGGAGGAGAGUAUCGUUCAGAAGAAGACACACUUGAACCGUAAUCUCACAUUUUCUACCUCGAAGCCGGUGUUCAAUGACUACCACCGCUUCACUGCAUCUCCUUCCGACGUCAAGAAGACAUUCGAAGAAGGAAUUGUCGUCAAGUCUCCGCCACUAAAACGUAAGGUUGACAGAGCAGAACAACAAACUGAGUCUUUUGAACAGAGACCAAGCAGUGAAAAUGUUGUCAACAACCUUGAAACCCCAGUAUCAAAAGGUGGUAAAACUCAGAAAUUACCCAGGGCCUCUAGGUCCAACAGAUAUGGACAACAAACUCCAGCAGCUAAUCUAGGUACUCCAUCAGGAAAUAAUCCCACUCCUGUUGGCCCCUGUCGAUAUGACAGUUCCCUAGGCUUAUUAACAAAAAAGUUUAUCAAUCUGAUAAAACAUGCGGAAGAUGGAAUUCUUGAUCUAAAUAAAGCUGCAGAUACACUAGAGGUUCAGAAGAGACGGAUAUAUGACAUAACAAAUGUCCUUGAAGGAAUUGGUCUUAUUGAAAAGAAGCUGAAGAAUAGAAUUCAGUGGAAGGGACUUGAUACAUCGGGAUCAGGCGAUGUUGACGAGAAUGCUUCUACCUUACAGGCUGAAGUUGAGAACCUUUCUCUUGAAGAACACAACUUGGAUGAACAAAUAAGAGACAUGCAGGAGAGGCUAAGAGAACUGAGUGAAAAUGAAGACAAUCAAAAGUGGCUUUUUGUUACUGAAGACGACAUCAAGAACAUACCUUGUUUCCAGAAUGAAACCCUGAUAGCAAUUAAAGCGCCACAUGGCACAACUCUAGAAGUCCCCGAGCCCGAUGAGGCUGUAGACUAUCCUCAAAGGAGAUACAGGAUAGUUCUGAGGAGCACCAUGGGGCCAAUAGAUGUCUAUCUUGUGAGUCAAUUUGAGGAGAAAUUCGAGGAUACAAAUAAUGGUGGGGGAUCUGCGGCGGCAGCAGCAAUGCCUGUUGUUCCUUUUGUGGGGGGAGUGAAUGAGGACAAUACUGCUGCAGGGACAGAAGUAGUAGUGCCUGUCACUGGAGAAAUGAGAGGAAAUGAAUCCGAAACACAUGGAAAAGAAGCUGGAUGUGGCUCGCAGCCGUAUGAUUUUGUAAGUGGGAUGCUGAAGAUCGUCCCUGAAGUCAAUAGCGAUGCAGAUUACUGGCUUUUAACGGAUGCUGGUGUUAGUAUUUCAGAAAUGUGGGAAAAUGGGCGUAUCCUUUAGUAAUUUCUCGAGAUGAUUAUACUUUUUGAAAUUUGUUAAAAUGUGAACCUUGACGAUGAUUGAAUACAGCUGGUGAUGUGGAAUGGGAUGAAUUGAAUAGAUUAGAAGAUGAGUUGAAUAGAUUACCAGAAGAAGAUGAGUUUAUAAUGGUAGAUGUUGCAACACUUCAAUCUCAAACUCUGCCCGAUGUUGCAGCACUUGAAUCUCAAACGCCUCCUCCUGAUGUUGCAGCACUUGAAUCUCAAACUCCGCCAGUACCUUCAACUUCAACCGAAGCUCGUAAUGAUGAUGAUGAUGAUUCUUCGUUGGGGAAAUGAAGUUAGGGGGUAUGCGGGAACUAUCGUUUUAUAAAGCAAGCAAGCAAACAAACAAGAGAACAGUAUAAAAGACAAGGAGGGUGAGAAUUUAGCAGAGCUGUGUUUAGGAAAGCAGGGUUUAGGGCUUAGGAAGCACCAUAUUAUUAUGUACAUAUUAUUACUGUUUGUAUGUUUGUUUGUUUGGGAGUACAAGUGCAAAGACAGUAGAUAAUAGGAGGAGUGGUCUAUGAUGUGUUGUUGUUGUUGUUGUUGAUGAUGUUGUUAAUCCAGGAAGCUACAAUGGGAGUGAGAGCGACAGUAGGAGGAAAUCUGAUAGGGGAAGCUGCUUUGUGAGCUGCAUAAGCUAAAGCAAAUGUUCCUAGUUUCUCUCCGGUUUCAUUGGUUGAGAUUCCGACCUUGUUUAGCAGAGCAGAGACGUCGACUCCGGCAGUAAUGAGGGCAUAACAUAGAGAGAAUGAGAUCAAGGAGAGAGUAAUGGAAGUGGCCAAGUAUGCUCCUCCAUAUUUA